GAUAUCACCGGUGGCGUGCAAGGGGCCAAAGAUGAAGCGAGCCGCCACUUUCGCCGGCUGCGGUUUGACGCCGGCGUCGGCCGGACGCAACAAAUGGGCAGCGAUGACAGCAAGCAUCUGGAUGCAGUGCGUGAGUGGUUCUGGUUACACCUUCAGCUUCUACUCACCGCUGCUCAAAUCCACUCAGCUCUAUGAUCAGCAAACCCUAGACACAGUUGCUUUCUUCAAGGAUAUUGGCGCUAACGCUGGCGUCAUCUCCGGCGCCAUCUACUCCUCUUCUCCCGAAGCCAGCCGCCCUCGCCUCGUCCUUGCCCUUGGCGCCGUCCAGUGCUUCGCCGGAUAUUUCUUCAUGUGGCUCUCCGUUUCCGGGAUCCUCCACCGCCCUCCCGUCCCUCUCAUGUCCCUAUUUAUGCUACUCGCUGCCCACUCCCUGACCUUCUUCAACACAGCCGAUGUUGUCACCGCCGCUCGCAACUUCCCCGACCAUCGCGGCACGGCAAUUGGCAUCAUGAAGGGCUAUCUUGGUCUAAGUGGGGCCAUACUAAUUCAAGUAUAUGCCACAGUGUAUGGCAACGACCGAAGUUAUUUUCUUCUAAUGCUGUCAUUAUUGCCAACCGCUCUGGCGCUUCUGCUUAUGUAUUUUGUGAAGGUUUAUCCAUCAAAUUUCCAAGAUGACAGACCAUUUCUAAACGUUUUCUCCCUAAUUGCUCUGAUUUCUGCUGGGUAUCUAAUGGCUUUUAUAAUACUGGAAAAUAUUCUGACUUUAGGAUCUUCAGUUCGCAGCCUGACUCUUCUACUUCUUCUUAUUUUACUUAUCUCACCAAUAAUCAUCACUAUGAAAGGUCAUUUGAGAGACUCCAUGCUUCCAUCAGCAACCAUCUCUCAUGAAAGGUUGCUGUUAGCUAACCCUGAUGAUCCAUCUGAAGUUCCAGAUUUGGAAACAGAGUCAGAGGAAAACUUGAAUCUUUUUCAGGCCAUGCAGAACUGCAACUUCUGGCUGUUAUUUAUUUGCAUGGCGUGUGGCAUGGGCUCAGGCUUGGCCACAGUCAAUAACAUUAGUCAGAUUGGUAGUUCUCUGGGUUACAAAAGCACUGAAACAGCCACCUUAGUUUCUCUUUGGAGCAUAUGGAAUUUCAUGGGUCGAUUCUGCACAGGCUACAUCUCUGAUCAUUUCUUCCGCUCUCGUCGCAUUGCGAGGCCGCUUUUAAUUGUGAUCACGCUCGCAUCUAUGAGCGUUGGCCAUGCGGUCAUCGCUUCUGGUCUUCCAGGUGCUCUAUAUUUGGGUUCUGUGUUGGUAGGGGUCUGCUAUGGUUCUCAAUGGUCCCUCAUGCCUACAAUCAGUUCAGAGAUAUUUGGUUUGAGACAUCUGGGCACUAUAUUUAAUGCCAUUGCAAUUGCAAGCCCCUGUGGAUCGUAUUUACUGUCUGUAAGAGUGGUUGGAUAUAUAUAUGAUAUGGAAUCUCACAAGAGAAGCUGUGUGGGCAAUCACUGCUUCUUGCUUUCUUUUCUAAUUAUGGCAGUUUGUACUCUUAUGGGAUCUGGAGUUGCCUUGGCUUUGUUUUUCAGGACUAGGGAGUUCUAUGAGCAGGUUUUGUAUGCCAGAUUAAGGAAUUUAGCUGUUUAUUAAAGAAGAUAAAACUGUGGUUAAGGGAUUUUGUUGUUCUUUGUUACUAUGGUGUAUUUUGUGAAGUUUAAAAGCUGAGCGUGUAGAAGUUUCUUUGGUUGUAGAGUUGGAAUGAAUGGUUUGACUUGGAUUUGGAUUUGAUAAA